AUGGCUUGGAGCAAUCAGUCAGUUGUGACUGAAUUCAUACUACAAGGUCUGUCCAGCUCUUGGGAACUCCAGAUCUUCUAUUUCUUGUUUUUCUCCAUAGUCUAUGCAGCUACUGUGCUGGGGAACCUUCUUAUUAUGCUCACCAUAGUGUCAGAGCCACGCCUGCACUCCCCCAUGUACUUUCUGCUGGGUAAUCUGUCCUUCAUUGAUAUGUCUCUGGCCUCUUUUGCCACCCCCAAAAUGAUUGCAGACUUCCUCAGUGAGUACAAAGCCAUUUCUUUUGAAGGCUGCAUCACCCAGAUAUUCUUCCUGCAUCUCUUAGGGGGUGCUGAGAUUGUCUUGCUGAUCUCCAUGUCCUUCGAUAGGUAUGUUGCUAUAUGUAAGCCUCUGCGUUACUUAACCAUCAUGAGUCGUAGAAUGUGUGUUGGGUUUGUAGCACUUUCCUGGAUUGUUGGUGUCUUCCAUGCUAUGAGUCAGUUAGCAUUUACUGUGAAUCUGCCCUUCUGUGGACCCAAUGAAGUGGACAGCUUCUUUUGCGACCUCCCAUUGGUGAUUAAACUAGCCUGUGUUGACACCUACAUUCUGGGGGUCUUUAUGAUCUCAACCAGUGGCAUGAUUGCCCUGGUGUGCUUCAUCCUCUUGGUGAUCUCCUACACCAUCAUUCUGGUCACUGUUCGGCAGCGCUCCUCUGAAGGGUCCUCCAAAGCCCUCUCCACUUGCAGUGCACAUUUUACUGUUGUGACCCUUUUCUUUGGCCCAUGCAUUUUCAUCUAUGUGUGGCCUUUCACAAAUUUCCCAAUAGACAAAGUGCUCUCAGUAUUUUAUACCAUCUUCACUCCCCUUUUGAAUCCAGUGAUCUAUACCCUUAGAAAUAAAGAUGUCAAGGAUUCCAUGAGGAAACUGAGUAGCCAUAUCUUUAAGUCUAGCAAGACUGAUAACAUCCCUUAA